AUGGCCACUCUUGCAGUCGAUCCCGAGGAGGAAAGCACGGAGUCGUGCAUUGUUGUUGCCAACCGUACAAGUCCCCGAUCCAGGACUUCCACUGUUCCGAAGAAAUCUGCGAUACCUAUGAGACCCGCUACAAGGGGGGGUCGCUCCCGGGGGCAGGCGCAACCCAUCAAGAGGCCGCGCGGUCGACCGAGAAAGCCAAGAAACAAUACGGCCGAAACCGCCAUCGUCCUCUCUGAUAGCGAUUCAGAGGAUGACAGCAACGAACCGCCACGGAACGACAAAAAGAGGCCGAUCACGAAACUCGAAGCUCCCACGACCGCCCCCGAUCCGAAACGACUCGCACCUUUCCACCAUGCCUCCUCGUCUUCGCAAGCCGUCUUUGCACCGAUCCGAGCGGGGACCGACGAAGUUCGCCAACAAUUAGCCUCCGAGAAGAAACUACGAGCCGAGGCGGAGGAAAAGCUAACAGAACUCCAGCGGUUGCUGGACGAAAAAGAAGCUUCUUGGGCGGCCGACCUGGCGGCUCAGGCGAUGCCUCUCCAACUGCAGCUGCAAAAAAUGACAAAGGACAAGACAGAUGUCGAUGCCGUCGCCCAAGAUCUCAAGGCGCGCCUCGAGGCCUCGCUGAGCAAGAACCAAGAGUACGAAUCCUCUCUCGAAAGCCUGACCGCGAACGCUGCGAAGGCGGAGGAAAUCAAGGCCAAGGCCGAGCAGCAAGACACUCUCAUCGCCAACCAGGACGCCGAAAUUACACAGCUAAAGAAGGCCGUCGUAUCCCGCGCAAAGGAACUUGCCGAGGCCGGCCAACGAUUUGGCGCAAUGACGGCUACGCUUCGCGACCUCACCACCCGUCAUACCGCUGCCACCGAGAUGAUCCAGCAGCACGAAUCCAGGAUCCAACAUCUUACCCACGCACUGUCCGAGGCAAAGAACAACCCCGUCACGGUUGACGGCCCCCGGGCUGCCCAUCGGAAAGACGGUCGCGGAGGAGCAAAUGGACUUGGCCCCAGGGUGGCCGCCUGCGUGUGGAAGAUCAGUUGGCGAAGGCGGAAGAAAAAGCUGAACGUGGCCGAAAAAGAACUCGCUGCAAUGGAAGCAAGGCGCAAAGACACGGACGAUAAGGUGGUCCAGCAGAUCGCCAUGACAGUGAACAAGCGGAAGCAAGCGGAGGGCAAACUGAAGGCAAAGGAACAACAGCUGGCGCAUUCUGAGGAGAUCCUUGCGGAGCAGAAGAGCAACUUGCUUCGCCUCAAGAAGCAGCUCGCCGAGGCUGAGCAUGCCAUCCCACCCCAUGCUCAGGAGUCAAUCAAUAACCUCACUUGCGAGCGCGACGCUUUGCUCGGAGAGACACAAGGUCGGCUGAAGGAGAUAGAGGCGCUACAGAAUAGCGUCGGGUCCCUACGUAGCGCCAUUGCCAGUUUGGAGCAGGAAAAGCAGCAGUUGACCGCCGCGGUUGCGGACAAGGAACUCGUCACGAAGGAGCUGGCUGCGCAUAAGGAUUUAGUCACCGUCCUGGGACGAGAGCGUCAGCAGUUCGAAGCCUCCUCGGCUCGCGCGUGGGAAGAGGUGGUUCCCCUGAAAGCCCAGCUCACAGAGCACAAACGUGCGCUAUUGGACCUCCGAAACCAAUCAUUGCGGUGGAAUUCUGCUUCGGAGAACGCCAUGCAACAGAUCGGGACUCUCCAGAAAGAGCGAGACCAUCUUCGAGAUGCGGUCACCAGGCUACAAGGCGAAACAGAGUCUCUGCGGGCGGAAUACACCCAAGUUGUCAACAAAGCCACCACGCGGGAAGCGCAGCUCCAUGACAGGAUCUCGCAAAUGACACACAACUUGGAGGCGAGACACGGCGAAGUUGUGCAGCUCCGACAGAACCUUGUGAGACAGUGCCUUAGGGAGGACAUCUUGCAAAAGGACAUGGCGGCUAAGAGCACCAGGCUCCUGCAGCUGGAAGGAGAGCUUAAAGAGAAGCAAGCCGUAGUGGCCACGAAACAGGAAGAAAUCGACGGCCUGCGGGAAGGCAUCAACAACCUCCGCACGGCAGUGACAAAACUCGAAACCGAUUUUGCCGCCCAGCGAGAAGAGCUGGAGCAACGUAACGCAAUGCUCAUCGACAAGGAGCAGGCCAUCGCGGCAAAGCGUAGCCAGAUCCAACAGCUACAAGAGACCGGCCUGGAGCUCACCGCGCAAAAGACACAGCUCCAGGACGACCUCACAGACCAAAAGGGCAAACUCCAACAACUGGCCACCCAACUCACCCAACUCAUCAGCGACAACGAAGAGCUCCGAACCGCCAGCACAGCCAAAGAACAGACCAUCGACUCGCUCCGCCAACAACUCUUCAACGUCUCGCGCGAGAAAACCAACCUCCAACACCAAACCACCGCCCGCCUCUCCGAGAUCGACACCCUCACAACCCAACUCGCCACCGCCGCCACCACCAUCCAAACCCUCACCCAAACCACCACCACCCUCAAACAAACCACCUCCGCCCUCCAAUCCGACCUCCACACCCUCACCACCCAACAAUCCUCCACCGCCGCCCUCGCAUCCACCCUCGAGUCCGAAACCACCGCGCUCAAGUCCCAACUCGCCGACACCACCGCCCAGGCCGCGCAGGACAUUGCCGCGCUGGAGGCGCGCAUCGCACAGCUGGGCGUGGAGAAGGCCGCGCUGGAGGGGGCGCGCCGCGAGCAGGAUGCGCUGGUGGAGAAGCUGCGCGGGGAGGUCGCUGAGGUGUUGGCCGAGGGCGAGGCCCUCGACGAGUAUCUCGCGAAGAGGGAUGGGUGUAUUGAGCGGGUAAGGGGGUUUGUCAAGACGUUGCCGCAGUGGAUGGAGAUCUGCUUACGGGACUUCCGCAACACUGCUUCCAACGUCUCCCCGAAUCGAGUCUGA